GCUGAGAGUUUGAAGAGGAAUGCGAUUUAAAAGCUCUUCUAACGCCGAAAUCAAAGCGUCGAAGUGAAAAUCGUUUGUCAUGAUUUUUCAUAAUUAUAAAUGAAUUCGUUUAUAGUACCCGCUGAGGCCAGGUUCUUGGUGCUUGGAAGUAAAGCCGUCGGGAAAUCGGGUAAGAGAAUUUAUACUCUUUGUGAUUAGAUCAUGCGUGAAUGCAGUCACUGGUAGGACUUUUCAAAGUUUUGAUCGACAUGAAAACUUGUCGCUGAUUACCCGCGAAACAUUCCUACAGAGUUAUUAAGUUUGAAACUUUAAUUCAACGUUACUAUAAAUCUCUGAUGAGGAAGUAAUGCCGGAUCUUCACGGCUUUUGUGGCAAUUCCUUUUAGAUGACGGUAAACUCCGUGAAAAACCGCAACCGACAAUAAUCAUAGCCGGCAGUGGCGUUCAUCUUGCCCGCUCAUAAAGCCAACACAGUUGUACAGGGGCAGUGAUUAGAAUAGUCCAAUCUUGAAAUCGCAUUAUAAUGGCGAAGACUGUGGUUUUCAUUAACACGUUCCAAAAUCAAGGAACAGUUUUCUAAAUAACAGUUUCACUGUCAACAUUUUUUAAACAUUUACGCAGCAUAAAAUUCAAAUAUUACGUAAAACAAAAGCAAACCAUGUUGUUCAUCUUACAAAAACGCGGCGAAAAGUAGAAAACUUAGGAGCAGAAAAAACCCCAGCGAUCACCCAUCUCACGACCAAUUCUUUAGUUGCGAGAUCAGAUGUAUUGUAAUACUCUCUAACAAUAUAUUAAAAGCAUUAUUUUGUAAGUAAAAUACGUCAUCUUAGGGGGUCAUAUUAACUUAAUAAAUUCUAUACAGUCAAUGCCUAGGGCAGUUUCUAUAACGUUUGAGUUAAUGUGCUAGUUGAACAAUAAGCUGGAGUGUCUGGCAGGGUCAUUCCGUUAUUGUUUCUGAAAAAUAUGAACUGUUUUCAUACAUUUGUUUACGUCAGGAUUUAAAUUCGACAAGAGUCACAGUCUAAACUAGCUCCCCUCUUUAGUUCAGGUUGCAGGUUGACAGUCCUUUCGGGAAAACUGAUCUACAUGCAUUUAUCUAAUAUAGGGCGAUCGAUCAGAUCCAUCUCAACUUAUUCUGAGUAAUCAGUCUAAUGGACAUACUAAUUUAAUUUCUACCUCUGCACAGUACAAUAAGCUUAUCUUAUCGUUUCAAAAUUAAAUUAUAACCCUUCUUUUGAUUCGCUUUUUUAGCCUUAACUGUUCGUUUCCUGACGAAGAGAUUCAUCGGCGAGUAUCAAUCGCUUAUGCGUAAGUUGUGUGUAUAUUUCAUCGUAUUAAUAACUUUUGGAGCCUUCUUAUUAAAUCAUUUGGCCUUUUGUGUUGUCGUCUAUGUCCUUUACGUUUUAAAGGACCACUUUUUCGAUUUGACAAAGCGACGGAAAUAGAUCUAGAAAUUGAAGCAACACCUUUUGUAUUGUGGAGGACAAGAGGGCACUUGAAAAUUUAAAUCAAGCAGAAUGGCAAUAGUUUGCAGCGCUUUUCGACAUGCACUUCUACUUUUAAUUGGUGGUAUAAUAGUUCCACUAAUUAAGCGAUGCUAUUACACUAAUAGCAUUAAUUAAUAAAAGACAUUCAUUGGAGAACAAGACAUAGACAUAUUUGUGACGUAAAGGUUACCAUAGUAACAGGACAAUUUAAAGGAGCGGUGACAGAAUUUGAUUUUAAAACCCCUAAAAACACAAGGCACCAAAGAUAAACACAGUUUACAUUUUUUCACGGUGGGAAGAAAAGCAUCGUAAAAGUUAUAAGUUAAGUGGAGAGCUGGCAAUCGCCAAGUCAGCCUCCGAGGGAGAGACGAAAAUAAAAAUCUGGUGAGCAUUCUGGUGCUGGGAUCUUCAAAAACCCAUGUUCCCUAAACUGCCUGCGCUUCUUGUCGAUUCUCAUAAUUAAGUUAAGUUCAUAGUUUAGUUCAGUUAGUAAAAUUCGACACUAAGUGGUUAUAUUUCACGCCUUGAGGCUCAAGUGGUGAGUUUUCAUUACUUUAUUUGAAAAUCACUGGGAAACAAAGCAAGCUAACAAAGCUGUUACGUUUGGUAUAUAUGGGCCAACAAGAGAUGCGUUUGCAGAUCACGGGUAAAGGUUUUGUCGAAGUAACAACUUUUGACGAUGUUAUAGUAGACGUACAAAGCAAUCUCUACGCUGUAGCGUGCAGUUCUCGCCAAUGUAAGGGUUCUGAUUUGUAUAACGUCUUAUAAAUGAAAUAUAAAGGCUUCUUAUGUUGCAUUAACUUAAAAACAAGAAGAGGGCAGCCAUGUGUAAUUGAGCAACCUCUAAUUUGUUCCUCCUCAAGGGCAUCAGAAUUUGUCUACUUGUCCCAAAAUAAUGAUGAACGCUUCUAAAAUACCAAGGAGUUAAUAAAUGCCUAAAACAAAUCCAAGUUAAUCACUCUAGGUUAACUAACACAGAUCGAGACCCAUUACGUUACUUACAAGUCUUCAUUAAACAACUUGAAUUCGGUUUUGGAGAUGUACCCGAUUGUCCGUUGCAAGGCCGCGCACGGCAUUUGUCAGUAAAAGAUAAGGUUCAUUGACCUUCAUUUAGGGUUCGCGAAUGAUGAAAACUGAUUUGCUUAUCUGUAACGUUUUAGUGAAAGAAGGGAAUUUCUGCAAUGGGCCCUCAGUGGUAUCCAACAUCUUAGCAUACAGUGCACGGCACACUUAUGUCACUAAUUACCCAAGGGUAGAAAAGAAACCAACAAAGACUAAUAGUUUUAGAUAUAUAUAUGCUAUUAAUAAACUGUGAUUACGUCGCAUCUUGUUCUCCUGUGAAUCAAGACGUUAUGUGCUGAGAAACGCAACAACAUCUACACGACUAGAGACGGUCAGAAUCACUUUAUUCAACACUAUACAUUUCACGCCUACUAUAAAGUUCUUCAGACUGAGUUGUCGUUUUACUAUUGAGAUUGAUGACAGAAUGAUUUAAUCUUUCUUGUUUCAGAAUUAACUUAUAAUCAUACAAUUAAGCUGGACGAUGAAAAUCUUACGUUCGAUAUACGAGACGCCGUUGAAAAGGUAAGAAUUUUGAUGUUCCUCCUUUGUUUGUGUUUAAUUAGAGUUUUAAUUUAUCUUUGCUUUCUUUAUUCUUUUAUGCUUAAACCGUAUGUGGAACAUAUAACUACAGUGAACGUAAAGGAGCUGAUCGAGUGCACACUUUGGCCACUACAUAUCAUUUUUUUGUAAACGUUAUCUAGAUAGGUCCUCAUUUGCUAUUCUUCAGUGGCAAUUUCAAUUUUUAAGCACCCAACCACCAAGGCCCGGAUGUUCAAAUGUUGGAUAGCGCUAUCCACUGAUUUGGAAACUAAAAUUUUCGUUAUCAACUGGACAAAGAUCUAUCGAUUGGGGUAGUAUUAUCCACCUUUUGGAUACAUGGGUCAAACAAGAGAGUAUGAACUCUCUCUCUUGCGUCAAAUUAUUAGGGAAACAUCCAUCUUUAUCUUGCCCAUGAAAUGGGUGCAUUUGGUUGAGAGGGAUGAGGAGGCAAUCUUGUACCCAGAGUCCUUGGGCUUUCUGGUCAUCGGGAUUGAUGAAGAGGGGGAAAGCGGGAGUUUUUCGGGUUCCAGACUCUCCUCCUUCUGGAUCCGCCGAGGACGUUUAUUCUCCGGUAGUUGUAUUCUUCUGUUGCACCUUUGAUACAUCUCUUUUUUUUUUCACCCAACUAUAUAUCUCAGUUGAAUAAGUGCCAAUUCCAAAAGCAAAAUUAAGUGGAAUCCUCUCUUGGUGGAACCGAGUCACUUUAACUUCACUCUACAAUGACUUAGAGCACAUGCGAAGAAUAUGAAUAUAUCUAGAAAAGUGCUUUUUUAACCAAGUGAGCUUGCCGACAAAGAACUUGAAUGCAUAAGAGGAUCAUGAGAGACAUUUCACUGAUCUUUGACGAAUUUUGAGUUACUCUGUUGGGAUUUAUGUGUAAUUAUAUGAUCUAUUUGCGUCAUAUAUAUAUAUAUUCAAGCCACUUUAUAUUUUCGGGUUUAAAGCUCGUUUUUCUAGUCACGUUUUAAAAUAUACUUAUCUGGGGCUGGAUCUAUGCCAUCAAUGAUUUGUUAUCUUCAGCGACUAGUCAACAAUAACUCUAAUAAUAUUUGCAUUUGACAACAAUUUUUUCAGAAAAACAUUUAAAAUAUCUACGGUUUCGUAAGGAAUGAAAGCACUUUAUGGAGUCCUUUUUAUCUCUUUUUUCUUUGUAUUAACUUUAUAUUGACUAUUGCUAAGGGUAGUUAUUUAGUUGUCCCACACCGAAUUUACUCUGCGACUAUUUCAAGUUAUUCAUUAAGUUAUUUUCGUUAAGGAAUUAAGGAAUUCCUUUGAAAGCGAAACAGAGCAGCACUGUAUUCCACCCAUACAGUUAGGCACUGACCCCACAACCUUCCACACGUCCAACUCUUUGUCAUAAAACUCGACUUUGUCUGUCCGUUCUCGAGAAUUCUUCUUCCCUCCAAGGACGAAGACCUUGUCUCCUACGUAAGCUAUCCCGGCUAGCGCUCUCGAAAUGCACAAACUGGCUAUGUACACCCAUGUUUCAUCUGCGCUGUUAAAUGCUUCACACGAACUAUGCGAUGAAUACAAGUCAUCCUGUGUCCCUCCCACCACGUAAAGCCUGCCUCCAACUGCUACUCCGCAUGCGUAAGCGCGUCGCACAUGCAUGGGCGCCGUCUCUUGCCACGUAUUUGUUUUGGGAUCGUAUCUUUCCACCGUGCUCAAGUACUUAAAGGGGUCGUUUGCGUUAUCGUUUUCUGUUUUUCCACCAAUGGCGUAGAGGUAUUUAUCGGACACAACACAUGGCCCUCCUCUGUUGGUUGUCAUGGGAGUCACCGCUUCCCAGACGUUCGUGGAAGGAUAGUACCUAUAAAGAAACCAACGAUCUAAUCAUUAUGAUGACGAAAUUUCUAGUUAUGUUCUGGUUAUCUAAGAAUUGCUUAUCCUAACCAUCCUUCUUGUCAUUGAUCCAUCUCAACCUCGUCCCCAGAAUCUUCUUGUUUUCCAGUAGGCAAUUUGCAGGAUUCUGACACCAUUUUGAAAACCCUGAGAAGCCCCUUGGGUGACCUUGGUAUUCCUCGAUUGUUUUUCGUCUCAUUAAUGACAUGUCUUUACAGGUAUUCUGCUCACAAGGUAAUAACAAUGAUCCAUAUGAGCUCUUUUCUAGAAUCUCGGUUUUUAACGUGCUGUGAAAGCAAUUUUUACACCGCCGAUUGUUACUUCAAUUGUUUUUUCAUUUAUUUGAAGUUACUUAUUUUGGAGAAAAUAACAAUAUUUUGAAAUCAUUCUUUUCGCUAUUCUCACUGUAUACAUAAUUGGCCCGUAAGGCGGGAAAAAGAAACUUCUUUAAAUUCCUUAGUGUCGAGACUGCGCAGUAGUGACAUGAUGCAUUGCUGCCCUUUCUAUCUUAGAAAUUGCUCGAUUUUUGCCUGCCUCUUGGCCAGGUCAACGGGCUUCAGUCGACCUGACUUAGAAGUUUCGCCCCUUCCACCUCCCCUGGUGGUGGUUCAUGUCGCAUACCCUCAUUAUUCGGCAUGCCUAUUGUCCUGGCAGUCACGGUUUCCUCCCAUAACUUCACGGCCGUGACAGAAUAAUAGGAAACUUAAGCACCAGACGUUCUUAGUACCACGGACGCCAACCGGAAGUAUUUUUGCAGCAUGACAGCCACUGCGCAUGUCAAGACGUUCUGGAGCCGUGGUCAAGGACUUCAAAACGCGAGUUCUCAGGUUGAAACCAGAGGUUCAAAUUCUGUGUGGGCCGGAAGCUCUAAGAACGGCUCACAGGAAUGGUUUAAUAAACAAUAGAUAUCCCUAACCCAAACAAAACUAACGAUGAACCCCAACUCUGAAACAAUAAAGCUUCGGGCCAACAAGAACCUAUCAAAUUAGAGGUUCUAAAGAGGUUCUGGCCAACAGCAAAGCCUGGGUUCUUCGAAGAGUAUUCGUUAUACAAGAGUAGAAAUUUUUCAUCUGAAAUCAUGUUUUCUUCGUAACAAAGCAACAAAACUUAACGCAAAUCUUUGAAAGGCAUUUUCAACUGAACUGUUCUGUCGGUUUGCGUGAUGUUUUCCCGUUGUUUUUGCUUAAUGAUUUGCAUUUGGCACUCAAACCGCGUCCUCGAUCCAGUUCUGCGCGGCCAGCCAUGCCGUUCGUGAAUCAAGAAUGUCUGGUGCUUGAGUUCCCAAAUAGGUGUGCAGUGCGAAUAUUCUACUCACCUUAGUACGGUGUUCAGCGGUCUCCCUCUGUGCCAACCACCCACUGCAUAUAAAAAGCCAUUGAGUUCAGCGACACCAAGCGCAGAGAUCUCCUUAGCCAUAGGUGCUACUCCAGCCCACGUAUUAGUCCUGUGAUUAAAAAAGAACAACGACAUUUAAAGCGGCGAGUAUUUGAUUAUUAUGGCCUCUUAUUAAAGCAUGACCUAAAGUAGUAGCUCCACACAAACUCGCCUUUACUAAUUCACUUACUACCACUAAAUUACUAGUCAGUAGGAGACUAGUAAAAACUGACUAUUGUCGACAGCUUUAUUUUAUUCCAAAUUUGGCGAAAGCAGCUGGUUAUCACUUGUAACAACGUACUCCUGAACCCGUUGCGAGGUAGGUAAUCACAAUCUAAGAGAAAUGGAAUUUUCGGGAAAUACAGUGCAUAACAAAGGUUAAUUAAAGGAAUAUAUAAGGAAACAAGAUGCAAAUGUAAUUUUAUUUGGUUUUUUUGCACUUCCUUCUGUCAUUUCAAUUUUUUUAGAAGCGUUACCUUCGAAUUCCCGCACUGUUUUCUGAAAAUUUAAAAAACUUCCUUAUACAGCAAGAAUCAAGAAAUUUGCUCAAUAAUUCUCUGAAUAAAUGUUAAGUGUAUAACAGAGGAAUUAUCAGAUUUCACAAAAUUUGGUCGUCGCCCUUGCUAUAGGAUCGCUAUGAAUACUGACCGAAUGCCAAGAUAAAUCGCAUAAACGAAACUUGCACAAUUCCCAUAAUGCACCUUGUUAUUUUCCCCCAAAAUUUUUGCAUAACCUUUGUUUUUCAUUUCUCCUGGGUAUUACAGCUUUCCUAAGCGAAAUUGAAAACGAUGCUUAUGCAAAACUUUGUGGGGCAAAAAGGUGCGUUAUGGGAGAUCUGCAAGUGGCCUGUACCAAGUUAAUCAAGUUAAAUGGUAUAUCUUCCUACCUGAAGUCGUAUCUCUCCAUACUUGACAAAUGUCCAUUCAGAGAUACUCCACCCACGGUGUAAAUAAACCCUUCACACGACACUGCCCCGUGACUGAAGCGAGGAAUCAGCAUUGGCGCCAAAUUGAACCAUUGAUUUACAGCCGGUACAUAACACUGAGUGGAGGAACGAAGCUCGUCCCCAGGACCCCAAAUCGUGAUAAUCGCCUCUACAUUUGAGUCCAAGCAGCGACGCAAUUUACAAAUGUCGCUGUCUGACCUGCUCUGUGCUCCAAAUAAGGCAAAUGACUUCAUGGCUUCAUAAAGCAACUUCGUGCAGUCCAGACUGCCAGUUACCAGUUCUUCCGUUUCAACGUAUUCUGCGAGGUAAUAUUUAGACAUGCAACCCAGUCGGACCUUGGAAAGCAAAGCAGCGAACUCUUCUUUCCUGCUCUCCGCGUCAUGUUUGACCCACGAAAUGACAGCCUCGUAAACCUGUUCUUCGGACUCCACGAUGACGUCAUCCAGUGAAAUAAGUUUCUCUAUCUCGGAAAAACCGAGAUGGAGAAAUUCCUCAGACUUUGAAACAGCCACAAAAUUAUCCAGAAUAAACCUUUCAGAUUUAUCCAUAAGAUCUUCGCAGUCAAAUUUCUCAGAGAAAGCCCUGACAGACAGGCAAUUGGACGGACUGAGUGUUUUUUCUAAGAAGAAACUCCCUUUGUCCUUCAGGCUAUCAAUUAACAGGUAGUCGCCGGCGAACACCAGCUCUUUAACGUUUUCCUCGGUAAUUUCAACCUCACCGGUAUAAAUAUAAUUGAGCAAGUCGUUCAUAACAAAUGAUUUAAAGCCUUCAAGUUUCACCUCAUUUUGCCGUUUUUCCCUCAUGUCCGAUGUAAACAAACUGAGAAAAUAAGCACUGCUUGCCGCUAGAAUAUUUUUAUGGACUGGAAAUCCUUCGCCUUCAACCACGAGAAUCGUAUUGCAAAGCACUCCUUGGCGACGAAACUCGUCCAUCCUUUUGUACAAAUUUCCUUGAUAAUUUUCGCCUGGAGGCUUUCGAUUUGUUUCCAGAUCCAUUAUUUUCGCUAAAAAUUUAUAUCAGAAUCUGCCUUUGUUCGUUAAAUCCGCUUUCCCCACGCGAUUACAGUACAACGUCGUCUAAUUCUUUAGAACAUUCCUUCUCAAAACAAAAAUCCAGUGCAAUAUUCGUGAAUUUUUUUCACUGGCCGUCGGCGAUGAUGCGUUCGCGUUGGUCUAGAAAAACAUUUCAAAACAUGUGCUGUCUUCACUGUGACACGUCGCAGGUGUCUUAUAUUCUCCUUAUAUGGAAAGGAGUCCUUGAUUUCAUCUGGUUUAAAUAAUCGUUGUGUAGCCAGGAUUUAAAGCUUGGAAGAAGUUGAAAAAACCGGCGAAGAGCGAAAAGUUGUAACCCAAAAUAGCAAAUCACGACUUGACUCAAAGCAGAAAAUGAAAACAAGACAACGAAUUGUAUAAUCAAAAUAUGCAAAUAAGAGGUAUUUUCGAUAUGAAUGAUAUUAUAAUCACUGUAUAAUCACAGUCUUUGGUUUGUAGCUCAUUUUCACUUAACUAUCACCUUCAUUACCGACUCAUCUACAUGUUCAGUAACUCUUUUGCUUGUGAACUGGUGUAGUAACGGAUGAAUCAGACACUGGUAUUAGAGAAUUUCAUGAAAUUGCAACAGGAAAUAAAUGGAAAAAACAAUCAAAACGAUAUCAAAACUAAUUUGGAAGCAUUUGACAGUUCAUCAGUCACAGUUUUACAUUAAUAUUCUUAACGUCAAGAAAAUAACUACUACUGGUAUUUAUCUUUGACUAGAUUCAACCCGCCUUUCAGAAGCAUUUGUUCAAUAUAAAAAUUUGGGAAGGUUUUCUGGAGAAUAUCGCGCAUUUUUGGUUGGUUGAUGAAAUAGAUCUCUUGUUCAGUAGAUUUUUUUAAUCUAUUUACUUUUACUCUGAACAUGUUUUGUUAUGCUCUAAAAUUAACUCUUCGGUUGUUCAAAGCAUCUGGGACUAUUUUAAGAGGCCUAUUAUGUCGGGUCUAUACUAAUUUGGCGGAGUUAUUUCCAGUAUAUGAGCCUGACUGAAAUCGAGGUGAUUUUGAAGUACUACAAUUUCUUGUUAUUUCCUUAGAGAAGACCCCCUAAUCACACGACUACCCCAUUCCUGCUAUCUCCCCUCCGAUCUGUUGAAACCAAGGGAAAAAUAAUAAAGCCGGAAAAAUUAACUUACAAAGGCCGAUUAUAAAGUAACUCCGAACUGUCAAAUUUUCUAUCAAAUCGAGCUUCCCACACGUAAAAUGAAGAAGAGAAAGUCCUCCUUUCCAGAAACUUUUUUGAGGAGUAGCAAAUCAGAAUAUGGUAUUACCGCUCAGAGGCAGUCAGUGUAUAUAGUUGUUUCAACGAUUAAAAGUUACAGCAAUAUCUUCUGGCCCGGCUCGUCAAACAUGUGAAUUAGUUUUUAUAAAUAAUUAUUAUAAAUUUCUUCUUUUGCAUUCAGCUCGGGCGUCUGGGACAAUGUUGUCACGAGAUUGAGGAACUCAUAAAAAUUAAGGUGAACGGCAGCCGGCUGGCUUUAAAAUAGGUGGUAGAGCUCUAAAACUGAGAAAGAGCAAGCAUUUGAAUAACUCUAGCUACGACCGCCUAAUAUUAGGUUGUUAUUACCAUUCCUCAAAAGAAGCUCAAAAAACAUAAUUAAUUCAUUUUAAAAGCUUUUUAUGAGAAUCAUCUCUUGAUAUUAGCUCUUUCGAUAUUAGUCCUUUUAGCCGAGUGCGAACGUGGUGGAAAAUUUAAGGUUGGUUUUCCCUGGACAAUCUAUUUAAAUUCAAGUAACACUAUCCAGCAUAUAUAAAUUCAGACAAUUCCCCAAUCACUUCGUCAACUGUAAAACUUUCGAGAUCACUUUCAGAUGUGCAGGAAGAGGAAUCCGACGGAGAUGACAUCUUAAACGUCUUGUUAAAAGGCUCUAAACUCGCAAACUUUUCCCAAAUGCGAAUGCGAAUGUUUUGGUUGAUGUUUCUACGUCACAGUGCAUAAAGCACGUGGUCAAACGCACGACCGCUUUGCGGAGAUUUCGCGGGCUAUUGUUUUGCGAACCUUGUAAUGGCGGACGGUAUUUACGCACUUUUCAGUGGGAAAUUUCCAGCCCCUGUACGCAAGUAUCGUUCCAAUUUUUCGCUAUUUGUAUAAUUUUGAACAUAUACAAAAGAUUUAUGUUAAAAAAACUCGGAAACAAAAACAAAAAUUUUCGUCGUAGUAGCACUUUAAAUAUUUCUUGCUUGCUCGCCGUGGGUCGUAUGCAAAUCAGCCUGAUAAAACUAUUUCGGAAUUCAGGUUUCAUGAGUGUCGAUGCCUCGGAGUUCCAAAAGUUUGUACCAACAAUAGAGGAUUCCGUCCAUUACGAUCGUAUUCGGCAUAAAAAGACCAAUGUUAGAAGACGUUUGACACUGAUAUUUUGAACGUUUUACUGCAGGGUGAUGUCUCUCAAGUUGACAAGGACAUCAGAUGGGCAGACGCAUUUCUCGUAGUUUACUCUAUUACGGAUAAAAAAAGCUUUAAUAACGCAAUACAGUUAGUGGAGGCAAUUUACGAUGGCAAAGGCACGGAUGAACUUCAUGUUGCUUUAGUGGGAAACAAAAAAGACUUGGAGCACUUCAGGAAAGGUAUCGUUAUCAACUUGUUGAGAAAGUAGACAUCGCCGACCGUCGAAGAGAGCGGAAAAGAAGCCAUUACAAACAACAAUAUUUUAAGCUAUUAAAAAUAUGCUUUAAUCCACCAUAUUGGACGUCAUAGCAACCCCAUAUCGUGGACUCAAAAACGGCCCAGAGUCAUUUCACAACACCAAUAUCAGCGAUUCUUCAGACGCGUAUGACGAAAUCAGGGUCUGGCUAAUUAAAACAGAUCACUUGGCGCCUGAGCAGAAAUCGAAUUGUUUGAAACUAAGUUGAAAAAUAAAGCGUAAGAUAGAGCUGUACCUAAGGUAAUCGACACACUAAAUGACCAUAUGGUAUAGUACUCCUGUACAGUACUCAGUAAACACUUAUGAGAAAUCGUUCCAGACAGUCCCGCGGUGUUUCACGUGAUCAAGUUUUUCGUACAUUCCCAAAAGCAGCCAACCAGGCAACCAAUACCCUCCUUUGUUACGCUCGCUGAGACAAGUUACUUAUUUUCCCUCGCAGACGGCAGGCUAGAUGACGUGGCUCGGAUGACCAUGCAGAAAUGGCCGUCCGAUCUACAGCACGGAACGUAAAAACGUAGACUGCAAAACAGUCCGCGGUAUUUUUGCGUAUUCAAGUACGCGCAACGCUACUCUUACGCUACACUAAACCGAUUUUCAGGGGAAAAAACGACUGUUUUGCCGCCAAAACGGUGGUCCCGAUUUGUACUUCGUGAUAAAACAAUGUUACCUUUAAAAAUCAGGGUAUUUUUUUACAAGACAGAAUAAUGAAAAUCAUUUUUAAGGGGCUUCUGAAAUUCGGCCUGACCUUAAGUUAGCUCUACUAUUUAUCAAUCUGUCGAUCUAUCUACCCUCCAUCCGUCCAUACGUUCAUCUAUUUAUUGAUUUAUAUUGAUUUAUUUUUCAUUUAUUUACUUAUUUAUCUAUUUUGCUUUAUUUUCAGUAACCACAAAAGAAGGAAAGUCGGCUGCCGAGCAGCUUGGUUGUAUGUUUUUCGAAGUUUCUGCUGCAGAAAACUAUGACAAUGUUCAGCAAGCGUUGAACGUGGUGUUCCGUAAAGUUUCUCUCCACAAGAAAUACUUGAGACAAGAGAAGGAAAAACGAAAGAACUCUAACCCACAGAUAGAGAAAAAGAAACAAAAGUUUGGAAAUUCCCUGUUUAAUUGGAAAAAUGAGAAAAAGAGAAGUCCAAGACGUGCAGAGACGCCUUAAGUUCGAUGAAGAGUUUCACGUUACGUAGUUAAAUGAGCAGCAGAUUUGAAGGUCCCAGUCGGCUAAGGCAGAUUUGUACCGUUCCUUACCUAAUCAUUGAGAUCAAAUGUUUGCUUUAGACGUGUAGUUUAUGAUGAGCAUGGGAACCAGAGUGUGUGGCAAAAGAAAGAAAAUUUAACUUGUCUAACUGUACAUUUAGAUUUCUUUGAACACUUGUAAUAACUAAGUCCUUCGGGCUGCAGGCAGGUUAAAACUUUAUCAUAGUGGCCCGUGACGAAUUUCUGUUUAAGCACUCACUAAAGUAAAGUUAUCAUCCGGUUUAUAAUCAGUGGUCGAUGUAGUUCAACGGCUAAAACUAUAUCCUUGCUAAUGGCCGAGAAAGUUUCAACUCUUUAAGCACC